AUGCAUCACUGUGGUUUUGGCUUCCAGAGCUCCAGCAGCAUCAUUUAUCCUGCCAGUAAUGUUCCACAGACGUCACUCUCCAGACCGCCGUGGCCUGAACUACCUGCAUUUGAUCCUGAAGAAGAGGAAAGACGGCAUCAAGCGGUCGUGCAGAAGGUGAACGGGCUGAUUGAGAAGGGAGAGUGCGGACGCUUGUUUGCUGUGGUUCAUUUCGCCAGCCGUCAGUGGAAAGUGACCGAUGAAGACCUGAUCCUCAUUGAAAACCACAUUGAUGCGGCUUGUGGCGACAGGAUAAGAAUGGAGAAGGUGCUGUUAGUUGGAGGAAAUGAUUUCACUCUUGUUGGAAAACCACUUCUCAGCCGUGAUUUAGUACAAGUUCACGCUACGGUGAUUGAGAAGACCGAAUCCUGGCCUAUGGUUCACAUGAGAUUCUGGAAGAGACAUCGAUUCCAAAGAAAGAGAAUCAUUAUUCAGCCGCAGACUGUAUUACGGAUCAACACCAUUGACGUCUCACCAAAACUGCUUUGACCAGCUGACAGCGUGGUGCAUUUGCCAGUAGAAAUGUGCCAUAAUCAAGUUUCAUGUUUGAGACCAUGUAAAUAAAUAAAGUUUCC